CUUAUAGAACCAACGAAAGAGAUGUUUCAGGGGUCGAUUUGAACGAUUCGCACUCAGGUGAAACAUUACCUGGAUAAAUAUCGCUGCGUUUCCACACAUUAAAGACGCAACGCGUCAUCCUGAUAAAUGACAGCAAGGGCACUCGCGCGUGGGUGAACAGGACUUGGUGCCACAUGGCGAUGUUUUCGAGCCAAAUGUCUUCUACUCCCUUCUCAGUCCGGGACAUUUUAAACCUGGAACAGAGCCACGAAGACAUUGUUUCGUUAGAAAUGUCGCUUCCCACUUCGUCCUGCAUGAUGUUUAAACCGGAGCCUUUCGUGGACGCGGUGAACGGAGCUGCGCUCUUCGCUCCUGGAGACGAGCAGGACGCCAAAGGUGACAGGAGCUCAUCUCUGGACUUUAGUCCUUCCUUUUAUGGGAAGAGUUUCUUAGAAAUAGAUCUACCCAAAGACGCAAAGACGGACGACACCCUUGAGGCAAAAGAGAGAAAAGAGAAGAUGCGCUCACCGGAGGAGCGACAGAAACCUGACGAGGCGGAGCGGCCUGGGCAGCGGAAACGGCGGAAGCCCCGCGUGCUAUUCUCUCAAGCGCAGGUGUACGAGCUCGAGCGGCGCUUCAAGCAGCAGAAGUACCUGUCGGCGCCGGAGCGGGACCAUCUGGCGCACGUGUUGAAGCUGACGUCCACGCAGGUGAAGAUCUGGUUUCAGAAUAGGCGUUACAAGUGCAAGCGGCAGCGUCAGGACCAGACGCUCGAAAUGGUGGGCGCUGGCCCACCGAGGCGCGUAUCCGUGCCCGUGCUAGUGCGCGACGGCAAGCGCUGUUUGGGAGACGCCGCGUCCGCGUACAGCGCGUCGUACAACAUGGGGAUCAACCACUUCCCGUAUAACGCCUACCACAGCUUCGGGAACGUGAACUUCCCCAGCGCAGGAAAUACGAACUACACGUGCAACUACACGGCGAGCGCAAACGUGCCUCCGGUGCAGACGUCCCCGUCCAGCGGUAAUUAUGUGAAUUUUGGAGUCGGGGAUCUGAAUAACGUGCAGACGCCGUUUCAGGCCAGCGGCGGAGUUUCCUCGUUGCACGGCAUACGUGCGUGGUGAAGCAGACUCUCCUGGACAUCAUGACACUGUCAGCUGCAUCUGUGGGAUGGUUGGAAUGACACAAUAUUCUCCCUGUUUCAGAAGUUUGUACAUUAGUGUGAAUUAAGCGCGUGCGUAACACUUCAGUAUAGUGGAACCAGUUAAUUCAGUAAGGAGGAUCAGUUAAUACAUUUAAGAGAGACGUCAGUUUUGUUCAAUUCAUCAACGGCAAUUAAAGAGAAACAAGCAGUUAGCAUAAACUGUAUUUUGCUUGUAUUGUUCUGGGUUGCUUCUUCCAAAGAGUGUAGAGCCAUCUGGUCUACACACUCUUAGAAAUUUCAGAGAUUGGUAGCGUCUCUGCUGCACAUUGUACACUCACAAAUAAUGGUACUACACUAUACUUCUACUUUUUAGCUGAGAUGAAACCUUCAGGCAGAAAUGUUUUGCACAUUAUAGGCACUGUAUAUUGGAAAGUUGCAGGUGCUUUAAUUAGCUGUUAGAGUAAAAAUGUAAAGGUUUAUUAUGUUUCCAGGUAUAUUAUAGUAAUUGUGCAGAACCUUGAUACAGUUUGGUGCCUUUGUUUCUUGGAGUUUCUCUCUCUCGAGUGCUAUUAGAAAAGUUAAGAGCUAAAGCAAAGUUAAGAGACCUCUUAAUUAUCCAAUUAUCCUUAUUAAACUAUGAGUGUUGACACAACCAUACCCCAUAUAUUCUGCGUAAAAUAUUAGGCAAGAAAAUAAACAGCGCCAGAUGUCAUUACGUUUCUUCAAAAUGUAAGGCAAUACUUUAAAUCUUUUUUUUUUUUUUUUUGUAACCAAGGUCAUUUCUUCAAAGGUGUAUAUUAUUUUGAGUGAGAAAAGAAGAAAGAGUACAAGAAGGAGAAAAAAAAUCUUCUUUACACCAAAUUCAUACAUUUAUGUUCAUGUUUACUUCAACUUAGUUGCAUAAUUAUUUUAGCCGUUUUGUAUAAUAUCGAAAUUUCACUGUAGGGAUCGAGACACGACACUCAAUAAGGUAAAAUAAAAAAUUAACACAUGGAUAAAACAUCUAGGCAGAUGUCAUUUUUAUUGUUAUUAUUAUUUUUCAGAAGUUACAUUUUUAGGAAUGAACACACGAAUGGAAAACUGAAUUAAAAUAAAACUGAGUACUCUUAGGUUCGGGCAUGUUUAGGAGACAAGAUAGAGAUCAAAUUAUCUAUUCUUAAAUUAUAGAAAGUAUAAUUUUAAUAUUUACUCAUUAACGCUAAUGGAUUAUAGUGACACCGCGUUCACAUCUGGCCAUCAAUUAAAUAUUCCAAGAUGCAGACUGUACGUUAGAAUGAACUUUAUGAUAAAUGAAUAAUCAAUGGUUUUCUUUUCAUUUUAUUUGUGUAUAUUUGAAGGAACUGAGAGGAUGCUGAACUCUAGGAUGAGACAACUUGCUUGUGAUGUUGCCUCAGAGAGCUGUGUUUUGUGCGUCACUGACAUUAACAGAACUGCACCAAUUCUUUUCACACAUCACUAGUGUCAUUUGUAGCUUUGCUGUGAAUUCUGCUUUUUGGAUGAACUGUGGUUAGUUGUAUUAUUAUUAUUAUUAUUAUUAUUAUUAUUAUUAUUAUUAUUAUUAUUAUUAUUAUUAUUAUUAUUAUGUUGAAAUGUAAGGAAUAUAACUUAAUUCUUGGGCGUGGUUCAAAAUGCGUGUUUUUGAAAUGCGGCAUGUUUUUAACGAAUUCAGCUUCUGAACGAUGAAAACGGAUUGAAAACAGCAAGCCCGCACAUCCAAACACAUUUAAGUGUGAGUUAAUGUUUGUUUGUUUUUGUGUUUUCAUAUCAUAUCUUUGUUCUUAUAUGAAUUUGACUUAGGUGACCACUGAAAGCGGACCCACACUUAAAAAGUGAUAAUAUUUGUCGAUACAGUCGGCUGUUGACUUUUGUGUAACUAUUUCGUUACGGUACAUUUCUGUAGCCAUGAUCUGUAAUCGUGUAAUCUAAAAUAAACUCAA